AUGAUAAAUAUUUCGGAAGAAAGAGUUAAUUCUUUAACAUCUACACAAGAAAGUCCAACAUCAAUCUCAAUUGAACCAUCAUCAGUUGCAUCAUCAGCCUCCUGUUCUGAUUCAACAACAUCAUCUGUACCUACAACAAAUAAACAAUGUACAUCAUAUAGAUUAUUUCCUCCUAUGGAAAAUCCAGUAGAUUUAGCUGUUGGCUUUGAAUGUAUAGCUAUAGCUGAUUAUGAUAAUGGAGUUCUUUUUAUAGAUACAGAAGGAAGAGUACUUAUGCAUCUUGAAACAAAACCAUAUAGAAUUUGUGGUGUUGGUUUUAGGGAAAAUAAUGAUUAUAUUGUUUUACUUGCUUAUUCAGAAGGGAAAUGGUUUAUUUUAGUUUACAAUAUUGGAGAUGCCUCUCAAAUAGGUACUUAUGAAUGUCCAUCGAAACCAUUAAUACCAUCAUGGGCACUUCAUAGAAUUGUUGUUUUAAAUGAUAUUGUAUAUCUUUUAGCAACAACAGAUCACCUCUCAGCUAUAUGGUCAUUAAAUUUAAAAACUGAAUCAUGGAAAACAUUACUUGUACAAAAAGAACAAGACUGUGGUGAGUAUCAAGGUUUUGAUGUACGAGUAAAAAAUGAUAAAGAAAGACAAAUAUUAUUAAGUCAACAAACAAAAGCACAAUUAAUUAUUUUAACAAUAUCUAAUAAAGAUGAAUUAUUGGAGACAGGAAGAAUUAAGAUGAAACGAAAAAAUUCACAAAAAUGGAUUAUUCAAGGACCACGUUUUGCAGUUUGGGAUACUGAACAAGAUAUAAUAGUAUUUGAUGCAGCUGGAAAAAUGUUUUGGUUUAAUGGAGAUACAUAUAAAAUUUGUAAAAUUAUUUCUGAUAUAGGAAGAAGUGAAGUUUGUGCAGUUUUAGCUAAAGAUGAUUGGUGUUAUGCUUUAUGUCGAAAUCAGUUAAGUAUUCAUGCUUUUCUUUAUAGAUAA